UCUGUCAAUCAUUUCGACACGAUUCUACACCCACUUGACAACGCUGCAGCAAGAUCAUAACAUACAUUUUGUUAAAAUACAUUUUCCAUUAAUUUAUGAAGCAAUAAAAAAUGCAAGCUGUUUUUAGGUCAACUAUUAAUCACCUGCCGAGCCGGUUGUUCCUGAAAAAUGGAGCAGCCCUACUUCACACCAGUUCUCAAACCAACGCAAAAUGGUACCCGGACGCAGAAUACUUUGAACAGUUUAAAGGUCCAGUAAUGUAUCCAGAUGAAACAACCAAACAUUGGGCUCUGCCGGGUUGGCAUAAUGAGAAAGCUCCAGUUGAAAAGGAGGUGAAAAAUGUUACUAUUAAUUUUGGGCCCCAACAUCCAGCUGCUCACGGUGUACUCCGACUUGUUUUGGAAUUAGAUGGAGAAGUGAGUUAAUGAUAA